AUGGCAGGAGUUAACGUAGGGAUGGAGUCCAUCAGUAAUAGAGUGUAUCCCGCUCGUGCAUCAUCUCAGGACAUUGAUACAGUGCCACUGAGUACUGGUGGGGGACACAUGUCCAAGUCACGCUCGCGAAACUCUGAAACCUAUGCUAAGGUUCAAAACAGCCUUACCAUGGAAGAGGUCCGGUGGUCAGAAAUGAGGAAGAAGAUUCCAGGAAUGGGCCGUGUGCCUCGGACCAAAUUCUAUACUGAAGAAGAUGGAUUUGAAAGGGCAAGACAGGAAAACAAUUUUUACAUUAGGACCCACUUCAAACAGAAGGAAUGUUUUAGAUUUGUACCGGCUAAAAAAGGACAACUUCCAGAGGUUAAAAAGGUUCGGGAUAUGAGAUGUGAAUGUGGAGAAGUGCUACUCCGUCAUCAUGGUAUGCAGGGUCCCACACAAAACUCACAUGCGGAUCGUGACAUGGUGGAGAGCUAUUUAGUACCAGAUGAACUGAAGCAGUAUAUCAGUGUUGAUAAAGGCAACAAUGAUAUGCCAAACAUGAAAGAUCUUCCAUCUGUCAGCUGGAAUGCUGAGACUGCAAUACGUUCCAGUGCUACAACAUCAUAUGGGAAGAUAAGUUUUGUCAAUGUAGAUGCAAUGGGAGGACAGAAACCAGCUAAGUAUGUGAGACUGGCACCAGAAGACUCCAUAGAUCAUCUAAUUGAGCUGAUGGAAGUCCACUGGAAGAUCAAUCAGCCGAAGCCUCCUAAUUUGGUCAUAUCAGUUGUUGGAGGGGCAAAAAACUGUAAACUAGACGGACAUAUCCGAGAGAAGUUUUCUACUGGAUUGAUAAAAGCAGCCAAAACAACCGAUGCUUGGCUGAUCACGUCUGGGUUUAACAUGGGUGUGAUGAAAUAUGUGGGAAUGGCGGUCAAAGAUGGCCAGUCAUUCACCUGGAAUAACGACAGAAUGGCGCAUGUCCUCCGUUGUAUUGGCAUUGCACCUUGGGGCUAUGUCAAUCAUCGUCAUGUGUUGGAGAGUCCAGAUAGCAAGGGCCUCUACAAUGCAGAGUACAAGACAAGCAACAUUAUCCUUCAUGGACAGCCAGUCCCUCUGAAUGCUAACCACACCCACUUUGUUUUCGUGGAUGAUGGGUUCCGCAACAGAUACGGGGGUGUUGCUGCAUUUCGAGCCAAGUUUGAAAACAGAGUGCAGCAACCCAGAGAAGAUGGAGGCCUAGGCAUACCUGUAGUAUUGGUUGUGGUAGAGGGUGGUACAGAUGCUAUCGAUGAUGCUAAAAACUCACUUCAGCAGAACAUUCCAGUGGUUGUAUGUGCGGGGACAGGACGAGCAGCGGACAUCCUAAGUUAUGCUUACCAACAUUACACUUCAGGAAAAUUGACAAAAGAGCAUAAGUUGCGAAGGAAAAUUCAAGAAGCUUAUGGAACCAAAUGGAAGGAUGAUGAAAAAGAAGAGAAAACUGAGCCAAUUCUGGAAAAAAUAAAAUUAUGUCUCAAGAAAAAAGAUUUGAUGGUCAAUUUUAGCAUGAAUAAGAAUGAGGACUUGGAUUUGGCAAUUCUUUCCUGCUUGUUGAAAGCUAAGUCAGGAGAAGCAACGGAGAAGGAACGACUGAAUCAGCUACGUCUUGCCCUGACCUGGGAUAGAGUGGACAUAGCACAGGAAGACAUAUUUCGUGAGGACUGCAUUUGGACACCAGGAAGUCUAGACGAUAUCUUGAUGGAUGCCAUCUUAAUGGAACGUGUAGAAUUUGUACACCUUAUUCUCCAGCAGGGAGUGGUGAUGAAAGAAUUCCUUACCAAGACACGACUGACACAACUCUACCAAAAGGCAUUGUCAACAAAGAAAGCUGAUACUGUACAUCUUAGGAGGAUUGCAACAAGACAUGGUAUACGCAGGGGUGACGAGGAAUUCAGCAUCAAAUCUGUGAAGAUGUUGAUGGAAAUACUUAUGGACAAGUACAAUGAGAAUUUCCAGAGUCCUCAUCCAAGCAAAAGUCAGACAGAUGGCAAUAUGCUUUGUGUAUACCCCUACAAGGAAAUUCUAAUCUGGUCCAUUCUCCUCCUUAAACAGAGGAUGGCCAAAUUUGCAUGGGAAAUGGGAGGAGAGCCGGUGACAUCAGCUGUAGCAGCCUCUCGUAUCUAUGGCACUAUGUCUACCUACAUCAACCGGAAUGAGCAGGCAAUUAAAGACAGGAUUCUAGCGUACAAGGAUGAGUUUGAGAAACUAGCAGUUGAAGUGUUGGACGAGUGCCAUAUAAAGGACCAUGAGAAGGCUAUGAUGCUAGUGGAACGCUGCUCUCCAACCUGGAGUGAUAUGAGCAGUUUGGCGAUGGCUGCUUCAGCUUAUGAUCGGGCAUACUUGGCAUCGGUAGCAUGUCAGAACUCUAUAAGUAUCACAUGGAAACGAGGCAUCGUAUCACCCUGGACACGGGUGCUUGUGUGUAUGUUUGUGCCAUUCGCGCUGAUGUCCCGUUAUUUGGAGAUGAGUUUCAUGGGAGAAGAAGGCUUCAACCUUAGACAGAAGAUCACAACAUUUUAUACUGCACCUAUUACAAAGUUUGCCAAUCACACGCUGAUGUACAUGGCAUUCCUGAUCCUGUUCACUUACAUGUUACUGGUGGACUUUGACGCUCAUCGUGUCACGCCAAUAGAGUGUAUCUGUAUCGCCUGGAUCUUCGCCUUUAUGGUUGACGACAUCUACACCUUAUUGACGUUCCCGUCCCCCACAUUUUAUGGGAAGUUACGUGACUGGUAUGGAUUUCUGAAAUGGCUAGAUCUUAUCAACUUUAUACUGGCUUUUAUUGCCUUCAUCAUUCAUUUCUGGGAAGAAUGGUUUGAGGUGACCAAAAUCAUGUACUGUAUCAACGGGGUCAUCUUGUAUAUCAGAAUCCUGAAGACCUACACAGCCAACGCAAAUCUGGGGCCGAAGAUGGUGAUGAUCCAACGUAUGAUGGCAGAGUUGAAAAUGUUUGUGAUGGUGCUGUUGGUAUUUCUGCUGGCGUAUGGCAUUUCUAGCCAGGCCCUACUUUAUAAACAGAGGCGACCAAGCUGGAAUAUCCUGAAAGAUGUAUUUUACUUCCCGUACUGGCAGCUGUUCGGUGAAAUCUAUCUGGAUGACCUUAACACUGACACAGAUUGUAUGGAGGCCGCAAGUCUUAUCAACGAUACAGCACGGGCUGCUACAGAAAAGCUGUACUGUUUACAGAAUCACUGGCUUGUUUACUUCCUCCUGGCUGCUUACCUUAUGGUGGGAAAUGUUCUCCUCCUCAACCUCCUCAUUGCCAUCUUCAGUCAUGUGUUUGACACUAUUGAGGAGAACUCUAUUGAGAUUUGGAAGUAUCAGAUGUAUUUCCUGACAAUGGAGUUUGAUAACAAGACAGCCUUUGUGCCACCCUUCAGUAUCUUUGCCCAUGUCUAUCUCAUUUUUAAGUGGCUAUUCCGGAAAACCUGUUGCCGCAAGGGCACAAAAGGUGUACAGUUCUCAAAGCGCCACUUGGAGUAUCUUCAGUUGUUUGAGAAAGAGGAAAUGACUAAUUUGCUACGCAGCAAGAAGGCCAGAGAUAAGGAGACUAUUGAAACUAAGAUCAGUCUCCUCCAAAAAAGAAAUGAGGAGUUGUUCAAAGUUCUGGAGGAGGAUUUCUUUCCGGAGCUUGGAGGAGUGGAGGACCAUCAUCGACACUUUCUGGAAACAACUUUUGUGAAUCCAGUUGAGGUUCAGAAGGAGCCAGAGUUAAUCAAAGAAGAUGAAAAGGAAACUCUUCUUCCUUCUAAGGAGGAGGAAGAUGAAGAAUCGAAAAAGAAAAAGAAGAAAAAAUUAAAGAAGGAAAAGAAAGAAAAGAAAAAGAGAGAAAAAGAAGAAAAACUUAAACUCAAUAACUUUGACAAUCCUGCAUUUAAACACGAUAUAGUAACUGACAAAACACUACAAUUUUCACCUCACCCUGAGAUAAUCUCUCAACCACAAAUUUCUCCUGUGAGGACAAACACACUGAUGCCAGAAAUUACUCCACAGCGUCCCACACUCUACCGCCGUAUCUCAAAUAGGUCAUACAAUAGAGAAAUUGAGGCCAUUGAUUCUUCUGAUGAAGAUUUAAUGCAUACCAGUGGCCAUUUUGGAAGGGGAUUGCGGAAGGCUUUGAAUGUACCAUCACCAGGGGGACAUUUGUCACUGAGACGAUCUGUAUCAAGAGAAUCAUCAGAUUCUGAGGAGAAUAACAUGAGAGCUGCAUCCCCUCGGCUGUUCACACGCAUGGCUAGAGAAAGCAGUACCGAGGAUGAGAGGAGAAAGGAGAAAAAGAAGAGGAAGAAGCUUCGAAAAAAAAUGAUUUCCGAUACUGAAUGAUUCUUGUCCUUUGAAUGUGUUGUAUUACAUCUGUGAUUUUGAUAGAAACUCCUGACAAGACAC